AUGCCUUCUAUCAAGAACAUCCUCGCAAGCUUCGCUCUCGCAGCCAGCAUUGCUUCAGCCCAUCCCGGACACGACAUCGCCCAUGAAGCCGCAGAGCGCCGCGACUUUCUCAGCUCCGUCAAAAGAUCCUCUCUCGCUCACUGCUCCACCAAGCUCAAGGCUCGUGGCGUGGCAGCUCGAAAUGUCGCUCGUCGCUCAGCUCAAGUCAACAAGGCUCGUGCUAAGCGCGCUUUGAAGAAGAGAGCUGAAGACGCCCUGAACACUUCUCACAACCAGACCGACCAAGGCUUCACUGAGUGCACUGAUGCCGCUGCCCUCUUUGCCAGCAUCAACUCUUGUGUCUUGACUCCCGAAGUCACCCAAGGUCCUUACUACGUUGCUGGCGAGUACGUCCGAGAGAACAUCAUUGAAGAGCAAGACGGACUCAACAUCGUCCUCGACUACCAAGUCAUCGACGUCGAGACUUGCGACCCCGUUCCCAACGUCUACCUCGAGAUGUGGCACUGCAACUCCACCGGCGUCUACUCUGGCAUCGUUGCAAACGGUAACGGCGACAGCUCCGAUGAGACGAACAUCGACAACACCUGGCUUCGUGGAAUCCAGAAGACCGACAGUGAUGGUGUCGCUCAAUUCGAGUCCAUCUUCCCUGGUCAUUACACCAGCCGAGCGACUCACAUCCAUGUUAUGGUUCACACCAACGCCACUCUCCUGGCCAACCACACUCUCGGAAGCGACAACUAUGCUAGCCAUGUGGGACAAGCCUUCUUUGAUCAGGAUCUCAUCUCUCAGGUCGAAACUCUGGAGCCCUACGCUUCCAACACCCAAGAGCUUACUCUCAACGCGGAUGAUGGUAUCUUGAAAGAGGAGCUCAGCACCGACGGUGUCGACCCUAUCAUGGAGUACACUCUCCUUGGAGACAGCGUCAGCGACGGUCUCUUUGCUUGGCUCGCUUUCGGCAUCAACACUACCGUCUCCAACUCCGUUACCCCCGCUGCUUACUACUACAAGGAGGGUGGUGUUGCCAACGAAAACAGCGGUGGUGCCCCUGGUGGCGGAUCCGGUGGCCCUCCUUCUGGAAUGCCUUCCGGAUCUCCUCCUGGAUCUACUCCUUCCGCUACUGCUGAUGCCGAGUAA